GGAGAAAUUGGUAGACAGCAUACCUCUUCGAGGCACAACAGGCCACUCCAGGAUUCUGUUCUCUCCAGCCACUCUUCAUUGCUCAGGUUUCUAAAGCAGCCAUGGCAGCAGUACCUGAACUCACCAGUGAAAUGAUGUCUUACUGCAGUGGCAAAGAGAAUGACCAGUUCUUUGAGGAGGAUGGUCCAAAACAGAUGAAGGGCGGCUUCCAAGAUCUGGACCUCAGUUUCAUGGGAGAUGGGGGCAUCCAGGUGCAAAUCUCCCACCAGCUCUACAACAAGAGUUUCAAGCAUGCCGCGUCGAUCAUUGUGGCUGUGGAGAAGUUGAAGAAGAUACCCAGUCCCUGCUCACAGGCCUUCCAGGAUGAUGACCUGAGGAGCCUCUUUUCCUUCAUCUUUGAAGAAGAACCCGUCACCUGUGAGAAUUGGGAGGAUGAGCUUAUGUGUGAUGCAACCGUGCAAUCGCUGAACUGCAGACUCCAGGACACACACCAUAAAUCCUUGGUGCUGUCCAGUGCGUGUGAGCUGCAGGCUGUCCACCUCAAUGGAGAGAAUACAAACCAACAAGGUAACUGGGGACGUCUUGAUUCCUUUCUUGGCCUCCUGACACCUUGCUAAUUCUCCACAUUUUUUAACAAAGUAGGACAUUAAGGCAAAUUAUCAACAUAAGUGAAAAAACAUACAACAUAUAAACUUUUUGUUUUGGUCCUGGCAACGACACCAGAUUGAUUCCCUUAGCACAUUCAUUUUUCAGCAAGAGAUGUAACUCUGAGAAAUCAGACUGCUCAAGCAUACCCAGGACCAUUGUCCAGCCAAGUCAUUUAAUGAUAGUGCAAUGGCAAUGCUUCCAUUGGAAAGGGGUCAUUUGAUGGACAUGACCUAACUGCCUGUGG